AUGGCGUUCAUUGCUGGAAAGGGUGAUCGAGUGUGGAUGUUGAAAGAGGUAGAGGCCAAUGUGGCGGCCACCCGCAAAGGGAGGUUUUCUGGGAUCCAGCGUUCAUACUGGGCGGUGUCAUACACAGAUGCACACACGCAGUUGACGAGACGCAAGAGAUGUGGCAGUAAGGAGAUUGCCACAACAGGAAGAAAAACGGUUGGUAGAAGCUUUGGUGUAGGAAUGGCGUUCAUUGCUGGAAAGGGUGAUCGAGUGUGGAUGUUGAAAGAGGUAGAGGCCAAUGUGGCGGCCACCCGCAAAGGGAGGUUUUCUGGGAUCCAGCGUUCAUACUGGGCGGUGUCUUACACAGAUGCACACACGCAGUUGACGAGACGCAAGAGAUGUGGCAGUAAGGAGAUUGUCACAACAGGAAGAAAAACGGUUGGUAGAAGCUUUGGUGUAGGAAUGGCGUUCAUUGCUGGAAAGGGUGAUCGAGUGUGGAUGUUGAAAGAGGUAGAGGCCAAUGUGGCGGCCACCCGCAAAGGGAGGUUUUCUGGGAUCCAGCGUUCAUACUGGGCGGUGUCAUACACAGAUGCACACACGCAGUUGACGAGACGCAAGAGAUGUGGCAGUAAGGAGAUUGCCACAACAGGAAGAAAAACGGUUGGUAGAAGCUUUGGUGUAGGAAUGGCGUUCAUUGCUGGAAAGGGUGAUCGAGUGUGGAUGUUGAAAGAGGUAGAGGCCAAUGUGGCGGCCACCCGCAAAGGGAGGUUUUCUGGGAUCCAGCGUUCAUACUGGGCGGUGUCAUACACAGAUGCACACACGCAGUUGACGAGACGCAAGAGAUGUGGCAGUAAGGAGAUUGCCACAACAGGAAGAAAAACGGUUGGUAGAAGCUUUGGUGUAGGAAUGGCGUUCAUUGCUGGAAAGGGUGAUCGAGUGUGGAUGUUGAAAGAGGUAGAGGCCAAUGUUGACGAGACGGUCUUCAGUGUGUUUGAAGAAGCCAAUACAUCCUAUAGUGAGGUGGUAGCAUCUAAGAGGACAAAGAUAAGCUUUGGUGUAGGAAUGGCGUUCAUUGCUGGAAAGGGUGAUCGAGUGUGGAUGUUGAAAGAGGUAGAGGCCAAUGUGGCGGCCACCCGCAAAGGGAGGUUUUCUGGGAUCCAGCGUUCAUACUGGGCGGUGUCAUACACAGAUGCACACACGCAGUUGACGAGACGCAAGAGAUGUGGCAGUAAGGAGAUUGCCACAACAGGAAGAAAAACGGUUGGUAGAAGCUUUGGUGUAGGAAUGGCGUUCAUUGCUGGAAAGGGUGAUCGAGUGUGGAUGUUGAAAGAGGUAGAGGCCAAUGUGUCGUCUAGUGGUUAG